AUGCUCGAACCCGAUCUACUCCGCCUGGGUUUUUCUACCACAUCAUCUUCGUUCGAUGAUGGAAUUGUAUUCGUAAUUCCGAACAAACUAAACAUGAACUGCAGUGUGACAACGCUGUAUGUUAUGGAGCCAUGGGAACGAUAUUUAGUGCUUACUAUCGCUUUUCUUGUUAUCACACUUGUCACGUAUUCCGCAAUUGUUUUCAUUCCAUUCCACGUUGGUAAUAUCAUUCGGUCAACAGUACCAAGUCUAACCGAUAUUCUUCUGCAGUGA